AUGCCUUCUUCAUCCGGUUCUGGCGGCAGCGGUAGCGGUGGAGGUGGCGGAGGUGCCUACUACGCAGCUGCUCACGCCUAUGCUCCUCCCGCUCCCGCCAAAGAGGCUGCCUGGUACGAGUACGAGGAGCGAAUGCGUCCCUCGUACAUCCAACAGCCUCCGCCUCAGCCUCUCGCUCCUUCCAAUCAGUACAAUCAGCCUUACUCUGCAAGAGCGCAACCACCUGUCAGCCCGUCUGCCUACGCCAACACCGCCUAUGCAACGAAAGCUGCCCAGCCUUACAACCAGCAGCCACAGUCGUACCAACAAGCGCCAGCUAAGCCCGCUGCUCCCGCUUAUAGUCCUGCGACACAGUCUCCUGGCCCGUAUCAAGCCUCGCAUUAUACCCCGCAGCACCAGCAACCGCUGCAAGUACCGCAACCGCCUCAACGAUACGCUCAAGCUGGACUUCCAUCAUCGAGACCUCCCCCCUCUCCCUCUGCAAAGUACGCAAACCCUCACCUCAACAGUGCUCCUUCUCGCUUUGCAGCUAACCCUUCCUAUCGCGAACCGGAAGAGAUGCCACGCUCCAACGUUCAGGGUAGCGCUUUCAUGCACAAGGGCUUUUGGGAUAUCAUGUCGCUCGUCAACAAUCAAGGCCCAUCGGCCGGCCGUCUCGCUCCGCCGUCCACUUCGCAGCGUCCCUCUUCUCCGGGCAAGUUUCGCGCCACGCUGAGCAAGGCUUCCGGCGCUCUUCGCAAGAACACGCCAGACAACUUCCAAGCCGGUCCCGAGUAUGGUGCUACAGCUGCUUACCCAGCCAGUGCCUCGCCUCGGGCUCCGAGCUCCCCCGUCAAGGACGCAUCAUCUUACGGCGUGCCCGGCGCUUUCCCUCGUCCAUCAUUUGCCGCCCCGUCCACUCACACUGCCAACGCUUCGGCCAUCAGCACCGCUAUGAACUUUUUCACUCCUGCUGCCAUGGGUCCCAAAGCCCAGAAGAAGCGCAUCAGCGUCGACAUGGUCGGUGCUCCUCGGACCGAGACGUUCGUCCACGCCGCUCAUGCCAGCGACGCAGAGCAGGCAGAAGUCAUCCUCAGCAGGUGGGGCCGCGACGGCGUAGGCAAAGUGGCGGACCCCACCUGGGUCGAACCCAUCAAGGAAGCACUCCGACUCCAGGCCGCUCGUAAUCAGGCCGAGGCCAUCGCUCAGGUUCAGGCCGCUAUGCACCAGGACAGCCUCAUCCACGAGAACGCGCGACAGCUGCACAUUGUCAACGGUGCACCCAGCCAGAUCUCCAUGCUGACCACCACCACGGCCACCGCAGGUCACAGCACGCUCUCCAAUGCCACCCUUCGUCCUGUCGGCGCCGCUCCAGCUCUAUCGCCUGCUCGCGAAAGGCACGCAUUUGUCGGCAUCGCCGAAGAGCCGGCGAUGGGCACAGACGCUGAACUUGAAGCUGCCAUCAAAGCUCAGCUGCAGCUCUCUUCUCAGCCGCCUCAGCCUUUCGCCAGGCCUGCCGCCUUGCGUACCAAUACAGCCGGCACUCUUCUCGUCAACCCUUCGCCUCCCGUGGCUCGCGAUGGUAGCCCUCAUACGCCGGACUACUUGAUGUAUCGUCCAUCUUCGCCGAAUGCUUCCAACCGAAACAGCCGCAAUAUCGAUGGCUUGCCUUCCGGUGGCCCCAAUGCCAUCAACGCCAUGUUCGAUGCGCCGGCAAGCGAUCCUCCCGUGCAGGAGCGUCCGAACUCGAUGGUCGUCCUCGACAGCCUUCGUUCCAUCGAUACAGCCGGUAUGACAGCGCUUGCCGAGUUUUCUCAGCCAAUUGGUGGUGCCGUUCGUCCCUCGCUGGAGACCGUUGAGAAAAGCGUUGCCGCCAAAAUCUACUUUGAGAACCUCUACUACGGCAUCCUCAAGAAGCCCAAGGCGCGUGACACGAGACGAGCUGGCCUCGAAGCCGAGCUCGCUUCGCUGCGUAUCCCCGAGAGCAGCAAGGAGCAGAUUCGUGAGGCUUGGAUGGCCAACGAGACGCAGUACUUGCGCGAUCUGCGCGCCCGCGUCAAUGUCAACUCGUUCCUCAAGCUCAAGACCAUCGGUCACGGCGCCUUCGGCGUGGUGGCGCUCUGCAAGGAACGCCAGUCGGGUCAGCUCUACGCCAUGAAGCAGCUGCGUAAAGCCGACAUGCUUCGCAAAGGUCAGGAGGGCCACGUGCGCGCAGAGCGCGAUCUGAUGACGUCGGCUUCUGCCAGCGCAUCGGCCAAGUGGAUCGUCAAGCUCGUCUACUCGUUCCAGGAUGUCGAUCACCUCUACCUCGUCAUGGAGUUCAUGGGAGGCGGAGAUCUGCUCAACCUGCUCAUCGAGAAGGACAUCUUCGAGGAGGACUUUGCGCGCUUCUACGUCGCUGAGAUGGUGCUCGCCAUCCAUGAGGCUCAUUCGUUCGGCUACAUCCAUCGCGACAUCAAGCCGGACAACUUCCUCUACACCUCGGAGGGGCACAUCAAGCUCGCCGACUUUGGUCUGUGCCAAUCAUUCCACUGGGCGCACGACGGAGCUUACUACGAUCAGCAGCGCAAGAACCUGCUCAAGAAGCACGGUAUCGAUCUGGAUGACUCGCACGCUGCUGCUGGUAUGCGUCGUGCUGCUCAGGCGACGGGACGCGGCGGUGCUGGACCUGGUCAGGCGGGUGCCGGCCUCUCGGACAAGGAGCUCGUCGAGAUCAUGUCGGACCGCAACGCCGAUGGUACGCCCAAGACGCACGUGCUGACGUGGCGCGAGAAGAACAAGAAGAAGAUCGCCUACUCUGUCGUGGGCACCAACAACUAUAUGGCGCCUGAGGUGCUGCGCGGCCUGGGCUACGAUCAGGCGUGCGACUGGUGGUCGUUGGGCGUCAUUGUGUUCGAAAUGCUGUACGGCUACCCUCCGUUCGUGUCCAAGUCGAGACACUUGACGAGGCAGAAGAUCCUCAAUUGGAAGCAAACACUGCGCUUCCCUCCCAAGCCGAGGAUCUCUCGUGAGGGCCAAGAUUUCAUCGCCCGCCUCGUUUGCGAGCGAGAAGACAGGCUCGGCAGCACCGCCUCGGCGUCGGUUAGCAGGCCCAACAGUCACAUGCAAAACAUGCGAAGGUCCGGGUUCGCCAACCAGGGCCAAUCAGGCAGCGGAAGCGGAUUGCAAGACGGCGUCGAGGAGCUCAUGUCGCAUCCCUGGUUCCGCGGCAUCGACUGGGACAAUCUGCACAGAACACGUCCGCCCUUCCAACCGGCGCUGAGCCACGCGGGCGACACGAAGCACUUUGAGGACGACAUCGAAGAUGCUCCUCUCGCAGCACCUGGUGCCGCGGACAAUCCGAACGCCGACCAGCCACGAGAUCCGAUGCUGCGAGACAGGCAACAGGGACCGAAGCUGUUGGAGAUGCGCAAGCAGCUCGCCUUCAUGGGCUACACGUUCAAGAGCCCCAAGGCAUUCGACCCGAGGGAGCAGCUGGCUGACGAGCGCAACGUGAUCGCGGCGGAGAGGGCGGCUGGUAUGAUGCCAGCGCACGAGCGUGGUAGGAGCCGGGAGCCGACCGACCUCGGCAGCAGGAUUCGAAGCAUGUCCAUGUGA